GUAAAUCGACCUCAUAUUUAUAGGAGUAGUCGAUGUAAAUCGACCUCAUAUUUACACUGGGGGCUGACGAGGUCAAAACGUAGUCCGUUUCGCUACGACGUCGGGUAUAUGUUUUACUACGAAAACAUGGUGUAAAUACACUUCUUUCAUAGGCGAGUUUCAUAUUUUCUGGUGUUUAUGGAUUAGAGAACGGAACAUCCAGUAAUGGUAGGUACUUAUUUUCAAUAACAAACUAAGAACAAAUGCGCGUAGUUGCAACCUUUAAGUUUAUUUUGAGCUAAAAUCGAAUUAUUUUGAUUUGAAGCAAUGCAUAAGAUGGUUAUUCUGUUAAAAUAGCCAAUUACGGUAACUUAAAUUAAAUAAAACUACAUUUUACUUUGAUUCAGUGUACAUUACACAUUUUAAAGUACAAAACAGGUUACGAACAUAUAUUUUAAUUAUUCAAAUGCUUUGUUUCGAAGGAAAUUACAAGUCGCUUUAUGUAAAGGUUUCGCACAGAGUAUGUAUUGGUUGCGCAACGAAGUACAAAUAUAAUGCAUAGGUUGCUCAACGAAGUUUUUGUAUCCAUUUCAGGACAUAUCACAUGCAGUUUGCAGUUACUGCAGACUGCCAUUUCCCAGUGCAAAAGAUGCCAUGCUUCACUGUGCGCAUGAACAUCCAAACGAAAAGGUUGAACCCGGUGAAAGCCUGCAGAGUCCCGGCAGAGCCCCGGUAAACCGUCACUACGCCGGCACUCACCGGGGUUAUACCGGCAUCAGACCCCGGCAGAGCUGCGGCAACGCCCCGGUUUAACCGGGGACAACCGGUUCAUCCCGGAGAUAUUAAACAUUUUAAUACUUUCCCGGUGGAGCCCCGGUCGUCCACGGUUCAUCCCGGUGGAGCACCGGUUCAUCCCGGUAGGGCCCCGGCUCAUCCCGGUAGAUGCCUGAUCACGCACUGGGGCUCCGCCGGCAUCAUAGUGAGACUGGGCCUUAACCGCAUUGUAACACGAGAGAUUAUCGGCCUAUGCCAGAGUUGGAUGUGUAUGAUCGGGAGGUAAUGGAUGAUGAGGACUAUUCAGACCUGUCUGAGAGUCAGCGUAAGGCUGCUGAACAUGAGUUGCAUCAACGUGAUAGGGAGGAGGGACGGUUAACUGGUCGCAUGAGGCGCGAUGAGUCGGAUGAGGAAGAGGAGGACAGACCAAGGAAACGCCGCGCUGCAGAACGAGCUGCAGAAGAGGAGAUGGAGGAUGAGGAGCAGCAGAUUCCCCAGAACCAGCCAGUAGCCCACACUGGUGUGCCCAGUACUCAGGGAGCUGCUGGCUCCCAGGCACAAGGGGCCCAGCCCCAGUCUGCAGACCCAGAGAAACACAAACUUAUCCAGCAGCAAUUGGUCUUGCUACUUCACGCUCACAAGUGUAAGAAGCGUGAGCAGAGCAAUGGUGAGGCGUGCACCCUGCCACACUGCAUAACCAUGAAGAAUGUGCUGAACCACAUGACCACUUGUAGUGCUGGCAAGUCAUGUCAAGUUGAUCACUGUGCUUCAUCAAGGCAGAUAAUCACCCACUGGAGAAACUGCUUGCGACAGGACUGUCCGGUGUGCUUACCACUAAAGCAUGCCUCUGAUCUCCAGAAACAGCCUGUAGCAGUAGCAGCGGCAGUGAACCUAGGUUUAAAUCCGGACCAGCCAGUGCAGGUGGGUAACUCCAAUCUGACCCUGAACUCCCUCACUGCUGUGGGUGGUUUGAAUGCCACAGAUGGGCUGCAGAUUGUGGCACAGACAAACAAAGGCACAAAACAGUGGCACGAGAGUGUCACCCAGGAUCUCAGAAAUCAUCAUGUCAAUAAAUUGCGUCGAAGAAGCAGAAGUCGUGAUAAAGACCGGAAGAAGGAUAAGGAAAAAAGGCGCAGUAAAGAUCGGGAUCGAGAAAGAAAGCGAAGUAAAGAAAGGGAUGGUAAGCGCAGCAGCAAAAGUGACAAAAAGAGGAGUAGAAGUCGGGAUAAGGAUAAGGAAAAGAAGCGCAGUCGAAGUAGGGACAGAAAGGAUCGGGAUCGUAAACGUUCGAGGUCACGUGACCGCAAACGGAAGAGCCGGUCUCCACGGAGGGGCGGUCGUAGGAGUAUUAGCAAGAGUCCAGUGAGGGUUCAAACUCUAGUCCCCACUCCAAAUCCAGCUGCAUUAAAGGACAGAAGGAUGAACAAUAUUGUUGCAUAUGCAAGAAAAGUGGAAGGGGACAUGUAUGAAACAGCCAAUAGUAGAUUGCAGGAGAAGCAUAUCCGUCUCCGUGAGGAACAACACAAUCAGCAGGGUGCAGGGACAGAUGUGCCAGGAAUGAGCCCAAUCAGGCCUAAUUCUCAAACCAUGGGUGCGGCAACAGGGCAUCACCAAGAAGACUUAGAAGGAUUGGAUGCCAAUGUAAAUAAGCUUAUUCAGACUUUACAGUUACUGGAUGACGAAAUCACAGAUCAAAAUGUGUUUGCGGCAACAGGGCAUCACCAAGAAGACUUAGAAGGAUUGGAUGCCAAUGUAAAUAAGCUUGUUCAUACUUUACAGUUACUGGAUAACGAAAUCACAGAUCACGAUGAUAAGUUAUUGUUAAAAGAAAUUGUCUCUAGAAUUGCUUAUGAGUCUGUCCGUGAAAAAAACUACUAUCUUUUUAAAGAGUAUACAAGGCAAUUUAUGGAUUGUCUAGGAUUUAGGGGAAAAUUUUCAAUCAAUGCAACCGAAGACAUCAAUGCUACCGAAGACAUCUUUAACAUACUGGUAGAGAUAUGGGAGAAUCCGAAAUUUGCUACAUAUGUGAUGAGGAAAGUUUACAAUGAGGAUGUUAAGUUACCAAAGGAUGUUCAACAGUUGGAUGAGAAAGCAAUUACACUCUUUUAUAAAGCUCUUGAACAUGGUAAAGAAAAAGUCAAUAAUGUUCGCCUGAUGGUUGUAGGAAUGUUUGGUGUGGGUAAAACAUCUUUGGUGAACAAUUUGAUUUGGAAAUUGCGCACACACAAAAAUAAUAAAACAACAAGCAGCACAGAAGGUAUCGCUAUACAUAGGUGUAAGUUGAUGACAGAUGGUGAUUGGUGCUUAGAUACAGAAUUAAAAGGGGUUAAGUUUGAAGGUCGAAUUCAAAAAAUCGUUUGUAAGCACAACCAGAUUUCUAAGAACACGCUUUCAGAAACUUCAGCUUAUUAUGAAACUGCUAGCAGUCACAAUUUGCUUGUUGAGAGGGUCACAUCUACUGAGGAUCAUAACACUCAAACACAAACUGAGCCUUUACAAACUUUCAAAGAAAGAAUAGCCUCGCAUGAAGGAGAUGAAAUUUUACAACAGGGAAUUAAGGCUGCCAAGAAAAUGCUUGAAACUACUAGUGAUAAUUCAGAAAAGAGCAAGGUUUCGCUUGAUGAAUCGAAAAAUGAGAUCACUGUGUCUGUUUGGGAUUUUGCAGGUCAGACUCUGUUCUAUUCAACACAUCAGUUCUUUCUAAAUACGAGGUCUAUAUAUGUAGUUGUGAUGGACAUGACAAGAAGUUUGAACGAUGUUGUAUGUGAAUCAGAUGGAAUUGGAAUUUGGUGUGGUUUGGUGGAUAGUUGUACCUAUUUGGACAUUUUUAAAUUUUGGCUUAAUGCAAUUUACAUGAACAGUGAUUAUCAAUCUGGAGAAAGGACAAUAAAGCCAACUGUUAUUUUAGUUGGCACGCGGAAAGACCAAAUGAAUGGGAGUGCUGAAGAAAAAGAGAAAAAUAUGAAUUUGUAUUUUGACAAUGCCUUAUGGAGCUUUGAUAAACACUCACCAAUCAUUAAUCACAUUUAUAAGAACAGAUUUCUUGUAAAUAAUAUGUCUCCAAAGGAUUCUGCUUUUGCAGAGUUACGAAAAGAAAUUGUAAGUUUGGCUGCAAAGCAAGAUUACUGGGACGAAGAAUAUCCAGUUCGAUGGAUUCACAUGGAACAAACAUUGGACAAAAUGAGAGAUGAAAAGCGGCAGAUAGUUAAAAUGAAGGAUGUUGAAAAAGAAGAUCUUGAAAACGUACACCCACUGGGUAAAGAAGAGCUUACCUUGUUUCUUGAAUUGCAGCACAAACAAGGCAAUAUCAUUUUUUUCAACUCAGGCGAACUGAAGAAUUUUGUUGUUCUUUCUCCUCAAUGGAUCAUUGAAGCUUUUAAAUGUUUCAUACCGCAUAAUCAGAAAAUAGAAGACACUGUUUUGAAAGAUUGGGAAGAAUAUAAACAAUAUGCUAUUCUUAAACCAAAUGUUCUGGCCCAAGUUAUGAAAAACAGUCCUCCGUACAUACAUGAAUACCAGCCUGCUGUUAUAAAUUACAUGGAAUAUCUAAAUGUUAUAGCCAAGCCUUUAACAAGUGAAGAGGGAAUAACUGGAAUCCCGUUAGAUUUCCACAUCGUUCCUUGUCUACUGAGCAGAGCACCACCGCCAUUACACAUCUUUACUUCCCCACCUGAUAAACCCCAAACACCAGUAUUAGCUUUUGUGUUUUGCGGAAAGUUUUUGCCCCCCUCUUUCUUCCACAGGCUUGUUGCAGUGUGCAUUUGUGCUUGGCCUAUCAGCCAGGAACGUGACCACUAUUGUUUAUUCAACGGCUUGGCUAUAUUUUCUCUUAAUGAAACCUAUACAUUGAGAAUAUGGUAUAUGGAUUACAUUAUUUAUGCAAGGAUAGUUUGUUGCUCAGAAAAUGAGAAGUUAGACGAUUUCAGCUGGCUGUUUCAAGAGGUGCGACGCAAACUUAAGAAAAGUUUACAACACUUUGGUCAUCAAUCUUCUUCUGUAUUUGAAGAGUGCAUUCAGUGCCCAGACAUGAAGGUGUCCUUGCACAAUAAAGGGUUGUUCGUAAUAAAACAGUUCAGGUACAACAAGGCUAUGUUUUGUCCAGUAUGUAACCCGCAUGCUGUGACACGAUCAAAUGCUAUGAAACAUUGGUUCAAAGAGAGGUUAGAUCGAAUAGAAACAGAUGAUGAAUAAUAUGAGAAAAAAAUAAUGAUAUAGAUCAUUACAAUCCUUAAAGGUAAGAUUGACCCUUCUUUCCAUGUCUAGAGAUCAGAGCACAACCACCACUAGACAGCUUUUAAAAAAACUAAAACAAUCUUGUCCACUAGUGACCAGACAUGUUUGGUGAAGGGUAUUUUGAAGAGGUAGCAGAGUAUUUUGUUUAAUGUACUCAUAUUGCUUUUAUGUUCAAGUUGUGUGUUAUGUUACCUCUAAUUAUUGCAUGUUACCUACCAUGUCCAGUUUUGCUAAUGAUUUUGUAUAUUAUUGUAAAUACAUUAUUUGUGAUAUUACAGUUAUUGUGAAUUCUAUUUUUUCAUUGAGUGAAAAUGUAUGCCAUGCUUCUGAACAUUGUAAUAUAAAUAUCAAGACAGAUACAGAAUAUUGUAUUCAUUUAUGUUCUUAAAUCAAGAAUGGUUUUUAAAAUGUUUGUAUGUAACAAGUUUAUUUUGCAAACCGUGCUAUAGCAUGUUAAAAUAGGAAUUUCCUCUUUGUUUUGCCAAUAUCUUUGUGGAAAGAUGAUUCAAAUUCCAAAUAAAUCCAUAUAGUGUUGUAUAUGUUUAUUUAUUGUAAAUAUUGUACACAAAUUGUUUGUUUUUGAAAUGAAUUUAUGAUGUUCACACAGAAAGUGAAAUUAGAUUCAUAACAUUCAAUUUAAUAUUGGUUAAGUUUCAGGAAGAUAAUUGAACAGAGACAAUCGGGUCAUUAUGCAAUACAGACAAUUAUUGUCCAUUGUAGUACUCGAUAAAACAACAAAAAAUGAUAGGUUCUAUGUACAAAAUGUUUUGACUGGGUUGAUUAGUUAUAAUAUUAUUAAUUUAUUUGUUGUUAAUAAUUAAGUCAGUGAAUUUAUUUGUCAAUACCAUGAUGUUCAAAUGAUGAAAGUUUGCCAUAAAAAAAUGUUUGUGUAAUAUAACUAUAAUUGUAGGUUACUAGAAUUGAUAAUUAUAAUUAAUGUUUAUUAUAUAAUAUAAUUUACUUUUUUUUGUCGACUUAAAUGAUAGUCCAAAUUUGCUUGAUAAAAAAAUAAAGUAUAAAAAUCAG